CCACAACUACAAUGCGGAAGUGACCUUCCCAAGAGCUCAUUACAAUUUAGUCAAAUUUCACAACUCCUCCUGCCUUUUACCACCGCGACCAGGCGGCGCAACAAAAUAUCAAGUCAACCUCCGUCUUUCCUCCCACCUUCCGCCACCUUACCAAAACCCAUAUAAAACCUCGAAAAACAUUUUAUUUCCCACUUAAAAUAUGUCCAUUUGUUCUCUUUCUCCCCUUCCUCACAUUUCUCCUCUCCACCGCCCUCAUGCCCACCUCCACCUCCCAACCCGUUCCAUGUCUUUCUUCCGCCACCUAACUCUCCCACUCCGCCGCCACAAUAAACGCCGCUUAUUCUCCGUUGUCGCCUCUGCCGUCCGGCAAGAUACCACCCUAUUUACUCCGUCCCCAAUCUCUCUCAUUGAACCCGCUGCGGAGUCCCUCUUCCACGUCUCCAUCGACGUAUCUGACGCCCCCGACAUCGCUUCCUCAUACACCCGCGCCGGGCAGUAUUUGCAGCUGAAGGUCCCUGACUCUCCUAAGCCUUCUUUCCUCGCCAUCGCCUCCCCUCCUUCACUUGCUGCAGUUCGCGGCGAGUUCCAUUUUCUAGUCAAAAGCGUUGCUGGCUCCACCGCGGAGCUUUUGUGUGCGUUGAAGAAAGGCGAUGUUGUGGAACUGAGCUCCGUCAUGGGUAACGGUUUCGAUGUCGAUCGGCUUUCGCCUGCCGAAGAGUUCCCCACUGUUCUUAUCUUUGCUACUGGAUCUGGAAUCAGUCCAAUCCGAUCACUUAUUGAAUCUGGCUUCGUUGUUGACAAGAGGUCAGAUGUGAGGCUUUAUUACGGAGCUAGAAAUUUGCAGAGGAUGGCCUAUCAGGAUAGAUUUAAAGAUUGGGAGUCUUCUGGUGUUAAAAUCGUUCCAGUACUAUCACAACCCGAUGAAGGAUGGACUGGUGAAACUGGCUAUGUGCAGGCUGCCUUCUGUAGAUCCAAAAACAUUUCAAAUCCAAACUCUACUGGUGUUGUUCUCUGCGGGCAGAAACAAAUGACAGAGGAAAUCACUUGUAUAUUGACAGAGAACGGAGUCUCAACUGACAAAAUACUGAAGAAUUUUUAAUUUGAUGAGAUAGAGUUACUUAGCUUGUAUAAUUGUUACGGGAAGCAAUGUUCUCCCAUUCAUUUAUUUUAUUCCGAGUAUCAAUUUCUCAGCUUGGAAUAGCAAAAAUAAACUUGAUUAUCUCAAAUUUUGACAUUAUAAUGACAGUAAACUACAAGAUUAGCAACAAUGUUCCAGUAAUGCGGCUUCGUUGUAUUACCUGAGGUGUUGAUCUGAGCUACAUAUAGGUAGUUGGAAGUUCUCGAGGUGCUUUGCUGCACCCCAAAAUUUAAAGAGCUACCCAGUGUAAUAUUUGGUUACGAAAGUGGUUCUAUUGGCUAGGAACAAAGUGCCGUCGUAUUGACUGUUGUGUUUUCA